AUGUAUUGCGACAACUGGGAGACAGAGUUUCCCGAGGCGACGUUUGACACCAAGUUGAUGCAACGAUCUGGAGUUGGCAUCACAACGCGUGAUCCAAUGAAGGAUUUGAUGGAUGCUUAUGCGAGAUUGCAGUAUGACGAUGAAGAUGAUACCGACGCUGAAAGCGGAUCUACCUUUGUCAGUCAACAUCAAGACAAGCUACAUGUUAUUCCUGGGUUGGAUGAUUACAUCAUGGAUUGCAGUGGCACAGUUACUCAUUUGGGCACUCACAAGAGAAUCCAUGACACUGGCGAUUGGAUGGAUGAUGUCAAGCUACCUACCAAGCCCUUGUCGUCAAUGCAACGUCGACCUUUCAAGCAUCACCUUGACACCAUUGAUGAUUUGGAAAUUGAGCAAGAAGAAAAUCUUGAUCCUUCAUCAACACCAGCACCUUCGGAUGAACCCUAUGUGCCUCCUACACCACCGUGGAUGCCAUCAAGAGGUGAUCCUAAUCGUCGAUCUGAAUCACAAAAGCCGUCCGAUGAACAUCCUCCACCACGGUAUCCACCACCAUGGCCUCCUUAUACUGAUGGUGUUCCACCAGGUCGUGCUCGUAUGGAUCAACCAAUGGAUGAACCCUAUGUACCUCCCACACCACCAUGGAUGCCAUCAAGAGGUGACCCAAAUCGUCGUGCCAAUAUGGAAAGAUCUUUUACUCAAGCACCACCAUUAAAGCCUGCUCGCCUUAUUGAACCUAUGGAUGAAGCUCCUCAAUCACGUCGAGUGCAUUUUGGCGAUAUAAAUGAAACGAAAACGUUUAUUCCUGACAACAAUGAUGAGGGAGAUGACGACAAUUUCGACGACAUCCGCUUGCCUGACAACAUGGCAACAUUACAAUUCAAACCCAUUUCUCGUGUUCCUUCCCCAACACCGCCACCACCACCAGCCAUGAAGCCUACUACUAUUCGCAAGCCAUAUCAAGAAACCGAUGAGGAUGAAGACUUUUUUAAUGGUGUGCAUAUUGAUGGUGAUGAUGCUUUACGCUAUCCAACUUUGAAGCAUCUUCUCAAGAAACAACCGACAACAACAACAAUAACACCAAACAAGACAUCCAUGAUCCCACGUCGUGUAGUCACUCCACAAAGUAGCAACAAUGCCAAGCAACCCUGCAGAUUGCAACGUUCGGCUGUUGCUACGCAACCACAACCACGGCCACAACCUGUUGCCAGGAAGCAUAUACAUCUACAAGGUACUGCUGGAUCACGACCUGGAAUGCUUACUACUCCUCGCACAAGAAAAAAUUAUGGUGAUGGCACUGAGCUUGAUGGUUUGGAUAUCAUUCCCCAAUGGCGACGACAUAGCUUGUCUUUUUGGAAAAAGGAAAACCGGGUGCAAGAAGGAGUCGAUCCAAAGCGGCCCUGGCGGCAUAAUAUGACACGACGUAGGCCAACGUUGAUUAAACCGGAUGAGCACCCUGUCAAACAAGAGUACAAUGAAAUGAAAUACGACCCUGUGCGACAUUGUUGGCAAGGCAACGAGAGCAGCAUGCUUUCUUUUGGUGAUGCCAGCGCUACCAAAUCUAAUCGUCGCCCUACUCUCAUUUCCAACAUGGGUCACAAGUCGAAGCAACAAGCCAAGCCAACGGGUGUCGUUGUAGGCUCUAUGAUGUUUGAUCCAGUAAAAAUGUGUUGGAAGAAGAUGGAUGCCAACGAUGAGGAGGACAAGAUCUUUGAUAGAAUUGAGGAUCUCGAUGCGACAGCGACUGCUCAUCCUCAAAAAGGUGUUGCUAGUGGUAGUGAUCAUGGUGCAAAAGCCUAUGCCUCUCUUGGUAAUAAUGCUCCUGAAUUUGACUUGUCAAGACACGUGCAACAUCAGAUGCAUCAAGAAGAAGAAACACAUUGCGAGCAAAUGGAUGCUUGGCUUCAUGGCGAUACCACCAAACAAGAACGUCUUAAACAUGCUCACAUGCUAUACAAUAUGUAA